UCUGCAGAGGGCUCCCAUUCAGAUGCUGGCUCGGUCUGUGCUGAUAACCAAACAGAGCUGCCACCCUCCAUGGAGCGCACAGGAGGAAUUGGAGACUCCAGGCCCCCCUCUUUCCACCCUAACACGGGGGGUAGUCGGGAAAACCUCGACAAUGAGACAGAGACAGACUCGGUGGUGUCGUCGCAAAGGGAACGACCUCGUCGGAAAGAUGGGCCUGAGCAUGCACCCAGGGUGAAUGGUACGGUGAAGGGAGAGCGGCGCCGAGACCUGGGCGGGUACGAGAGCUCCUCCACGCUCAUGAGCAGUGAGCUGGAGACCACCAGCUUCUUCGAUUCAGAUGAAGAUGACUCCACCAGCAGGUUUAGCAGUUCAACAGAGCAAAGCAGUGCUUCCCGUCUCAUGAGGAGGCACAAGCGACGCCGGCGGAAACAGAAGGCUCCACGCAUUGAGCGGUCAUCGUCCUUCAGCAGCAUCACAGACUCUACCAUGUCCCUGAAUAUCAUCACAGUCACGCUGAACAUGGAGAAAUACAACUUUCUGGGCAUUUCUAUUGUGGGACAGAGCAAUGAGCGUGGAGAUGGAGGCAUUUACAUUGGCUCUAUCAUGAAGGGUGGCGCUGUGGCAGCUGAUGGCAGGAUUGAGCCAGGAGACAUGCUCUUGCAGGUAAAUGACAUCAACUUUGAGAACAUGAGCAACGAUGAUGCUGUGCGGGUGCUGAGGGAGAUUGUGCACAAGCCGGGGCCCAUCACCCUGACGGUGGCCAAGUGCUGGGACCCCAGCCCCCGGGGCUGCUUCUCGUUACCCAGGAGUGAGCCCAUCCGGCCCAUCGACCCGGCAGCCUGGGUGUCUCACACAGCAGCGAUGACUGGCACCUACCCAGCGUACGGUAUGAGUCCAUCCAUGAGCACAAUCACUUCCACCAGCUCCUCCAUCACCAGCUCCAUCCCAGAGACUGAACGCCUCGAUGACUUCCACCUGUCCAUCCACAGCGACAUGGCCACCAUUGUUAAAGCCAUGGCCUCACCAGAGUCAGGCCUGGAGGUGCGUGACCGCAUGUGGCUGAAGAUCACCAUCCCCAAUGCCUUCAUUGGUUCAGAUGUGGUGGAUUGGCUCUAUCACCAUGUGGAGGGCUUUACAGACCGUCGUGAAUCUCGUAAAUAUGCCAGCAAUCUGCUGAAGGCUGGCUACAUCCGACAUACCGUGAACAAGAUCACCUUCUCCGAGCAGUGCUAUUACAUCUUCGGGGACCUCUGUGGAAACAUGGCUAAUCUUUCUCUUCACGAUCACGAUGGCUCCAGUGGUGCCUCCGAUCAGGACACUUUGGCCCCACUCCCCCACCCAGGAGCUGCACCCUGGCCUAUGGCUUUCCCAUAUCAGUAUCCACCACCUCAUCCAUACAACCCCCACCCCGGCUUCCCUGACCCAGGCUACGGCUAUGGAGGGGGCAGUGCAGGCAGCCAGCACAGUGAAGGGAGCCGGAGCAGCGGUUCCAAUCGCAGCGGCAGCGAGAGGAGAAAGGAAAGAGAGAAAACCGGCGAGUCCAAGUCAGGCGGCAGCGGGAGUGAGUCGGACCACACCACGAGGAGCAGCAUGCGGCGCGAGCGCGCAGCCAGCGAGCGCUCAGUGCCGGCCAGCCAGCACAGCCAGCGCAGCCAGCACUCCCUGGCUCACAGCAUCCGCAGCCACCACAGCCAGCAGUCGUACGGGCCACCCGGCCUUCCCCCUCUCUUCAGCCCCCCCAUGUUGCUGAUGCCUCCACCGCCUUCAGCCAUGGGGCCCCCCGGGGCACCACCGGGCCGUGAUCUGGCCUCUGUGCCCCCCGAACUGACAGCCAGUAGACAGUCCUUCCGAAUGGCCAUGGGCAACCCCAGUGAGUUCUUUGUGGAUGUAAUGUGAAGCGCCCGUCCUUUGUCUGUCUGCUGCCCCUCCUUCCCCCCUCCAUCCCCGUCGUUUGUCUCCUAGGACCAGCCCUGGCUUCACUCCUUGUUUUUUUGGUUUUUUUUUUAAUUUUUUUGUUUGUUUUGGUUUUUUUUGUCUUGAUAACGAAAAGAAAAAAGGGAAAAAAAUAAUAAAUGGAACUAAACCUUGA